CAGGAAAGUGGUGGGGUUGUUUAGGUCCAGCUGCAAAGCUAAAGACAGACUCUCUGAAAUGCAACAGCAGAUGGGCCGACCAACCCUUAAAUUAAUACAGGAGGUGGACACAAGAUGGAACAGCACCUUUGACAUGUUUCAAAGACUCUAUGAUCAGAGAGAGCCUGUGGGGGCGGCUCUCUCCAACUUAGAGAAUGAUGUCUCUCCUCUGUCCUGUGCAGAAUAUGAAGUGAUUCAUGAGGCACUGUUUCUGUUGCAGCCUUUUAAAGCAGCAACAACUGAGCUGUCAGAGGAGAAGAGAGUGUCAGCAUCAAAAGUCAUUCCUCUAUAUCGGAUGCUGCAGCACAACCUGUUAGAAAAAUUGAGGCACUCAAAGCAGCCAGCAACUCAGCAAUUGGGCACAUUCUUGAAGGAUGGACCGCAGGCAAGGUGUGGUCAAUAUGAAACUGUUCGACCACUGGCACUGGCAACAUUACUGGAUCCACGAUUCAAAAACCUGGGUUUUGGCAACCCAGCAAAAGCACAGGAAGCAGAAAAGCAGCUGAUACUGGAGUGUGCCACUUUGAUCCAGCCUGCUGAAACAUCUGAUGGCUGUGCUGUUGGACCCACACUCAUCACUUCUCUGAUCCGUAUCACAGGAUGCAAAGACUUGAACCCAUCCCACAGUGGGUUCCUGUGGUUCCUGGUUGCUAUGGUGACCACAGUCAGAGAUGUAAACUUGCAGAUACCUGAUUGGCUGAUGCUGUUAUCGUGCUUCAUGAUGCUUGUGGAAACACAGAGACAGGAAGUGUGUCAUGAUAAAGAUCAGCUCAACUUGAAGUCAUGGUUCUGGGUCUAG